AUGCCAUCGAGGACCGGGAUUCACAUCUUUGAGCCAACCGGCUCUGUUCACCCUCAUGCAGCGCGUUCUCGGCCUGCAUUGCCGGGACGCUUACGAGACCCUAGUAACCCUAACCGCGUUCGCUCCCUCACCUCACCGACCAAGGUCAGCAACAACGGGCCCCCCGUCGACGUGGAAGAAGCUUUUUGCAUACUCAGUCGUGUCAGCCUCUCCCAUCUGAGCCACCCCGCCCGAGAUGCGGGAUUUGCGACGGCCUUCAUUCCAGUGUGA